AUGGCGCCCGACUCCAACCGACUCGAACAAGGAGCUACUACAACAGCGGCAGGAGAAGGAAGCUGGAGAGUCCACGUGCACUUGCCCAAGCGACUGAUCGUCUCGUAUAUCCUUGACUGGGUACUUAUCAUUGGUAUCGCACUCAUUGGCUAUGGGUUCUCCCGGGUGUCUCCCAAUCAUAGACCAUUCUCUCUCACUGAUCCCAGCAUCUCCUUCCCGCACAGAGACCGUGAUACCGUAUCGGUCAGCGUGGUGGCGGUGGUCGCCUUGAUUGUCCCGGCUGUGAUUAUCCUCUGGGAGUGGAAUGCUGGAUGGCUGGGCUUGGCCAUAGCGUUGGCGGGGACGUGGAUGGCUACCGAAGGGCUGAAGGAUCUAUUUGGGAAACCACGACCGGAUAUGCUGGCUCGAUGCGACCCGGAUCUCUCCAAAAUCAAUGCCUUCGCUGUUAGCGGCUUAGGGUCGAGACUUGACGGUGCCCCUACCCUAGUAACGUGGGAGAUCUGCCGGAAUCAAGCGCGGGAGUUGGCCGUGGAUGGGUUCUCGAGUUUCCCCAGUGGGCAUUCUUCGUUUGCGUUCGCCGGAUUGACAUAUCUCACAUUGUGGCUCUGCACCAAGCUGUCGAUUGGGUUUCCUUAUCUCGCUCAUUCGCCGCUUAGCCCGGAUCUGCAGAAGCAGGAGCGUAGCACCAUCCGAAAGCAGGGAGCAGCCCCGCCGGUAUACCUGCUCGUUAUCGUCUUUGUUCCCCUAGCCGUGGCGUUUUUCAUAGCUGCCUCACGUUGGUUCGACUACCGCCAUCAUGGUUUCGAUAUAAUCUUUGGAUCAGUCAUGGGAAUCGUCUUUGCUUGGAUAGGUUUUCGGCUCUACCAUCUCCCUGUGAUGCGUGGUGCAGGCUGGUCCUGGGGAGCGAGGGACGGUACCCAUGCUUUCUUCCGAAGCGUGGGACUACCGAGCCAUGUCUGUGCGGACAAUUGGGCGACCGCGAGAUAUACAUCAACAGGAGUGGAGACCAGAGACCAGGAUGUUGACCUUGAGAGUGGGCGCAAGGCGGCAAGGGAUUAG